AUGGCCAUCACAAUUCUGCCACCGGUAGUAGAGGACCUAGGUCCCUACCACGCCGACUCCGACGAUUCUAUGUCCGUGGACUCCGACCAAGACGUCGAGAUGACUGGUGUCUCUCGGCCUCACAAGCGCCCCCGUUUACAACCAAACUCAGGCAUCAGCACUGGAGUUGUCACCCCAGGUGAAGUGGUCACAUCUGAUCCACAAUGGAUGAGAGGCCACGGUACUUAUAUGAACCCCCUCUCGACAUCAAUUAUCGCGACUGUUGCUGGAAAUGUUCAAAAGACAAAUAAGCUACUCUCCGUGCAGCCACUGCGUGCGCGUUACACCCCCGAAAUUGGAGAUUUGGUCGUCGGCCGUAUUGUCGAAGUGCAAUCUCGACGUUGGAAAGUCGAUGUAGCUGCACCGCUGCUUGCGCAGCUUCCUCUCUCAGCCAUCAAUUUGCCCGGCGGUAUCUUGCGUCGACGAACGAGUGCCGAUGAGCUUCAGAUCCGAACAUUCUUCAGUGAGGGUGACCUGGUGAUUGCCGAGGUGCAGAGUGUGCAUCAGGAUGGGUCCGCAUCACUACAUACGCGCUCUUUGAAGUACGGCAAGCUGCGGAAUGGUAUCUUCCUCGCAGUGACAGGAACCGGAGGCAGUGGGUCAUCCGGCUCUAACGUUAAGGGUGGUGUGGGAGCUUCCUCGGCUGUAAACAGCUCCCUGGCUGCACCUGGAGGAUCCGGUACUGGUGGUGUGGUUCGGUCCCGACGUCAGGUUUGGACCCAGGAAACUGCCAACGGGGGUGGUGAAGUGGAUAUUAUCCUGGGAGUCAACGGCUACAUUUAUAUUUACAAGCAUACCGACGGAGCGGAUGCGGCAUCUUCGACAACGGAAAAUGUCUCGAUUAGUCGAUUGGAAGAGAUGGCAUCUAGUACCAUCUACUCCAGCCAAAACGACGACAUCUCGCCCCAGACCCGCCGGGAAAUUGCACGUUUGUCGCAAUGUAUCCAAGUCUUGGUGCAACACGGAGUGCGUGUGGACGAAGAAACUGUGACUGGCUCCUACGAGGUCAGCUUGCAGGUGGAUCUGGAGGUUGGCGACGACGAGGACGAGGAGGAUGAAUGGCGACAGGAAGGCCGCGAAUAUCUGGAAGGCGCCAAGGCGCGGCGGAUUAUCGAGUUGCUCGCUCAGCGCCUCGUCAAGCAAAAGGACCAGAAGAAGGAGUAG